CAGUAUGUGGGCAAUGGGAUGUUUCCGUUUGAUCGCGUCCAAGAUGUCGACGUUCACCAGCGCGGCUGUACUCAGAAACCGUUUACGUUUGAUCGACCGAGUCCAACGACAAGGGUUCUUACGGCCGCCGGCACGGAGAAUUUCGGGUUACGGCGAGAUGUUCUACAAACGGCUGUGCGCGGAGGAGAUCGGUCGUAAGUUCGAGGUGUCGGACGAUCAACUGUUGGACGUCCAGCGCCGGAUGACGGAGGCCGUGAACAAGGGCCUGGGAAAAUCCACGCAGUCGGCCUCGUCGGUGAAAUGCUGGGAUACAUACAUCGAUUAUCCGACCCCCGCCACCGGGUCAUUUCCUGCACCCUGUGCGUUCGACACACCGGUAUCACCGUUAAGAGAGUUUCUCAGCCUAAACAUGUCGCACGCCACGCGCAUCAUGGUGAGGCACACGACCAUUUCGCCGCGAGACAGGAUCAACAUCAAAUACUUGGAACGCCAUUACCCGAAAAUGAAGACCGGCAGCGGUCGCCAGCUGUUCGACCAGGCGGCAGAACAGCUGGCCGAAUUCACGACGGCGCACAAGGUGGAAACCACGGACAUGCCGUUGGAGUUCACGUUCGGGUUCCCUGUGCAGCAGACGUCGCUAGGCCAAGGAAUCUUGUACCGAUGGACCAAGGAGUUCAACUACCGGACGGAACUCGUAUCCACGAACGUGGUGGACGGGAUACGCGACUCGCUAGCCCGGCUCAAUGUGAAUAUGGGCCACGUGGCCGUGAUCAAUGACGUAACUUCCAGUCUCAUCGACAUGCAGGUCGCUUUCCCGAAUGCCCGGGUCGGCCUCGUGGUGGACGAGGGCUGCAAUUGCUGUUUUGUGGAUCGGGUAGCCAACGUUCGCGACCGCCGGAUUGAAGGAAAGGAUGCGGCCGCCAUCAACACCGUUGUCAACACCGAGUGGGGCGCGUUCGGCGAGAACGGUGAGCUCGACGAUGUGAGGAACGCGUUAGACCGGCACAUGGACGUCGUGUCGCUGCAACCCGGGAAACAGAUUUUCGAAAAAUUGACCUCGGGUAUGUACAUGGGCGAACUGGUCCGGCUGUUUAUCGUGUCCUUGGCGAAAAAUAUGAUACUGUUCCAAGGACUCGUCACCCAGGACAUGAACACCGAGUACGUGCUGGACGCCGAACAUCUGGUACGCGUGGAGUCGGAUCCUCGGGGAUCGUACAAGCACGUCCGCCAAGUUCUGUCCGGUGUACUGGGCAUCCUCAAUCCGUCGGACAUGGACUGUGCUCUGUUCCGGUACGCGUGCGAGUCCAUCACCAAACGGUCCGCUCACCUGGUCGCAGCCGCCUUAUCCAGCGUGGUGCAACGGUUGCAUUCGUAUGAUCCCGAAAACGUAGUAGACAUUGCAGUUAGAGGUGCCAUGUUCUGUCAGAACCCUAAGUACGGGCUCAUGAUGAUGAACAAAUUGAAGACUCUGACCCCGUACUCGGGGAUGAUAUUGCCGGAGGUUUGCUGCUUGUUAAGCCCCCUUAGAACCGCCCAGUUGUUGGCCCAGGUUAAAAAUACCAAAAACGGCAAUUACGCACCUAAUUCCUGAUUUUCCCUUCAAUUGCGUUCGUUUCGUCGCUUUCCUAUUUUUUUUUUUCGUAAAACGUCAAUAAAAAAAUUGGUCGGCAAAACAUUUUGAAAUUUUAGUACAAUGUUCCUCGUACAUUUGACAUACUUACUCAAAAAAUAAAAAAACACAUUGACGCUUUACGAAAAAAAAUAGGAUAAUAGUGAAAUGAACGGCGGCAAAACGAUUUUGGUGAAUAGUCCAAUC